AAAGGUCGUUUUUAAAAACUUGUUUUCUGGGUCAAGAAACUGUCGGUUUGGGAAAUGACACCCGCUGGCGGAGACCGGUGGGGUUGUUGGCGCCAGCUGCCUCGUUACAAAAAAAAUACUGGGUAAUUUUUAAAAAAUCAAAACCUUAAAAGCGGCGAAGGACUCUCAGGAUAGAUAGUGAAGAGACCAAAUUUAAACAGUCUUGGACGGUGUUUGCGGGCGUGGAGGGAGCCGGAGCCCCUCGAAUCCGUGCCCCCCAACACGGGAGUGCACCGGGGAAGAGGCGUGAGGCCUCCGGUGUGGCCGUGGCCGCUUCUCCUGGGGGCCGGGCUGGGGACCCUCAGGGGUCUUCUCACGGCCCCCGCGGAAGCCCGUGAUCUCGGAUUCUCGCGCACGGACCUCACGGAGAGACCCCUUCGCGGCCGGGUUGGAGAAAUAAAGUUGCCAGGAGUCAACGUUAGGAAGCGAGACGCACCUGUGCACGGCUCGCUUGACCAACGUGAGCUGCCCGCUGGGCCGUCCGCUUAACUGCCAGGGCCUCCCGCCGGUCCGCGGGUGGGGUGGGGGGAGGGGUCUCACCUCAGCUGUGUUGCCUGCCUUACAAACAUGUUUAACCUGGAUCUAAUCCUAACAAAAACUAGAAAAAUCCAGAUUGAGGGACAGUCCAGGAGGCAGUUGGGCCGGUCCCCUUACGCAGCGGUCAGCCGUGCCGGGCAGGUGGUCGGUCCCAGUCCCCUCCUGCAGCCUGCUUGUCACCCGUGGCAGCGUCAUGGGUCUCGCAUCUUCCAGGACCCUGGGGCGGGGUCCGGACCGGGGAGACGCGGGGAGGGAGUGCGGACCUCCCGCACCCGAAUGGCGAAGCCCAGCCCGGAGCAGGGGCCUCGCGUCUGCAGGCCGCGUCCAAGACCAGGAGGCCGGCCUGGGUCGCCCCCUCCCCGCCUUUUUUUUAAGCGGCAAAACGCUUGCUCAGGGGAAACUGGAAAGUGGAACGCCUGCGAGGUGGUCUCGGAGCACGGAUAAGAAAGGGUAGCUGGGGUCACGAAGGGUCCCCGAGGCCCCAGAGGUGGUCUUGGGGGGACUGGGUGAGUGGAGUGCGAGGACGUUCCCGGGGAUGGGCGCCGCGGCGGCGGCUUCGGGCUGUCCGGGGCCCGCGCGAUUCUGGAACCGCGAGCGCCAGGGUGGAACCUUCGGUCGCUUCCGGGGUCCCGACGUCGGCCGAGCUCCGGCUUCGGCCAGUGCCGGGCCUCGCGGGUCCCCGUGUCCAGCGCCGUGCACCGCCGCAGCACCGGCCGGGGCCCCUCGGUCGCUCUCCGCCUCUGUUCCCGCGCAGGAGAAUCCAGUGCCCCCUCGAGCCUUCCUGGAGGGGGCGGACAAGCCGGGCGCCGCCGAGCUCGGGAAACGCACGCGGGGACGCGGAGCGCGCCGGGUUUGUUCCCGGUUCCCGGCUGCUUGAACUGGACGGGUGUGUCGGAGGAACCCAGCGAGUCCGGGUUCCCUUCGCAGCCGCAGCGAGGAGCUGUUCUUCAUUCCUACUGCCUUCAAACGGCAGCAUACGUCCGCCCCAGUGGCCUAAUGGAUAAGGCACUGGCCUCCUAAGCCAGGGAUUGUGGGUUCGAGUCCCACCUGGGGUAGUGGUGGUGGCAUUUCUCUUUAAUGUCCAAGAUGUUUUGGAAUAUGGAGAGCACUGGGCUUUUAAUCAGAAAAUCGUUCGAGGCUAACGUUAGGCGGGAAUAAUAGGCUAAAGGACUCCAGUUCGGAGGGGUGAGUCGCUGGAUGAGUAAGAGUGCUGGGGUCCCUGCAGGAGUCCUAUCCUCAGCUCUUAGCUAAAGGCAGCCCGGGCCGGCUUCCCGGAGCGCGAUACCGGGGAAACCACGGUGUUUUAUGCAGCAGUUUGGCUUUAUUUACUUGUAUUUUUACGGAUUUAUUUAUUUGACAGGGAGAGACAGAGAAUUUCCCAUCUGCUGGGUCACUCCCCAAAUGGCUGCAACAGCCGGGGCUGGGCCAGGCCCAAAGCCAGGAGUUUGCUCCGGGUCUCCCACCUGGGUGCUGGACAUCCCGCCCGUGGCUGGGACUCCGCCAACCCUGGCCCUGUUGGGUGCGCGAGGAAGACGAGCGUCGUGGAGGUGAUCAACCCCAAACCAAGACUACCUCGCCGGCUGCCCGGGCCCCUCCCAAGUGAGCUGGGCCCACCGCCGCCUCCACGGCCAGGCGCUCGCUCGGGAAGACGUCUGUUUCCCGCACUUGCCAUUUGCCCGCGACCGGAGCCCCCUCCCCGCGCCCAGCACCGGGGCAGUCUUGGUUUGGGGUUGAUCACCUCGUCUUCCUCGCGCACCCAACAGGGCCAGGGUUGGCGGAGUCCCAGCCGCGGGCGGGAUGUCGGGGCGCAGCCAGCGCCGCCCUGGCCGGUGUGCGACUCCGUGGGCUCCCCGAUGUCACGGGGCUCAGGUCCUGGGGAGGCGGUGGGCUCCCAGGCCUGGCGUUUCUCUCCACACAGGGCAGGGCAGCUCCAGGAACUGGGUGGAGAAUCAGCACCCGCCACACUCUCAGGGUUCCUGUGCGCGGGGCACGGGGCGCUCGGCUCUCCCGCCAGCGCGGGCCAGGACAGCUGGGGAGUAAGGGCGCCUCUCCCUCGGUCUUCUGUUUUCCAAAUGCGUUUUGUUAACGCUAUUCCUCCACCACCACGUGCCCUGGGCGUGGCUUCCCAGUCUGGUUGUUCCGGGCCCCCUUCUCUUGCCGCCUGUAGAAGCGAAGGGAGAGUGGAGUAAGAAGGUGGAGUGUUUAACCAGCCUUAGUAAGGUGAGACCCACGGUCCCAGGCCAGCUGGCAGGAGGGACCCCCAAGGGAAGUGGGGGUCGUGGUGUCACCUGCCUGUCAGUGCCUUUUUCUGUAGCCCCCGUAGAAACCAUGAGUUUUUUGAGCCACUAUGUUUUGUUUCACGGGUAAGCGAGAUGCAUUGCUCUGUUUUUUAUACUCAGCUUUCACUUUCGGCCCAUCCCUGUUCCCCUGGGCUUCAGAGCCACCCCUGGCUGGCGGUCAUUGCUUUGGACAGCACAGGCUGAGCUCUGACCCCCAAGGCACAGGCAACAAACACAUUGGUCAGGGGAAUAUGGCCAACCACACAGAAGGGGGUGCAAAGCCGGAGCCAGCCGGACAGACCCGCUUUUAUACAUGUUCCAGGGGCCCUGUGAUGAGGGAUCAGGUGGGCGCUGUGGCAUAGUGGGCUGGGCCUCUGCCUGCAGAAUCCCAUAUGGAUGCUGGUUCUAGUCCCGGCUGAUGCUCUUCCGAUCCCCCUCUCUGCUAUGGCCUGGGAAAGCAGUAGAGGAUGGCCUAAGUCCCUUUGGCUCUGGCACCCACAUGGGGACCUGGAAGAAGCUUCUGGCUCCCAGUUUUGGAUCAGCCAAGCUCUGGCCAUUGUGGCCAUUUGGGGAGUGAACCAGUAGGUGGAAGACCUCUCUCUCUCUGUCUCCCUUUGUUUCUCUCUCUCUUUCUGAAGUAAAUGAAUAAGAUAUGUGUGUGUGUGUAUAUAUAUAUAUUUUUUUUUUUUUUAAAUGAAGGGAACACCAGGGAGCUUUUCAAAUGAAACACAGUAGCUUCUUAGACUGACAGGUCCCAGGAGUGGGAACCUCCACUCAAAAGCAUUUCCUGCUUAUGACGUCAGGGACUUCUGUGGCUCCCUUUGUACAAGUAGUAGCUCUCUGUUGUCACCAGAUAAGCCUCUGUUACACGUCUGUCGUUACAAUUCUCGUGGAGGAAUUAGAACACUUUUCCUGUUGUUUUCUGACUUUGAUCUGGGAUUUGGAGAACCAUGAACUCAGGGAAGGGGUGUCUGGACAGAGGUGUUUGUUCUGGGAGUCCAGAGCUGGUCACUGGUGAGGAGGGACCUGGCUCUCACGAGAGUCCACACCUGCUUGUAAAUAAAGUUCUGAAUGUACUUGGGGAGUGCCAAUUUUUUUUUUUUUUUUUUUUUUGCUAUGAUCGUUGUGUGGCCACACACACUCAGUCCGAACAUCAUCCUUCCCUGCUGUUUCCCUCCUGGGCUGCUGCUUUUGGAGAGCAGUAUUUUUCCUUUUCGGUCUGAAGGACUUGAGUUUUUACUGUCCUGCGCCUGUGAUUGACAGACUUGCUGUGCUAUCUCAACAACCUUUUCCCCGUACUGCAGUUCGGUGAGCCGUGUGAGACUGCAUUCGCCUGCUCAGCACCCACUGUGUCCCCUUCUUCCUUCCCUGGGCCUCUCCUAGAGGCUUCUCCAGAUGUACAGCGGCUUUCUCCCGGCUCCCUUGCAGCAUGUGACCCAGUAUUUACAACCCAAGAUCUGGGCGCUAAGGUUGUCACUGACACAGGUUUUAUCUCUGUUCACCGAAUGCAUAAUUAAAGCAGUUUUUGUUCAUUUCUCUGUGUAGUGAGGGGUUCAUUCCCCAGCCCUUGGCUCGGCUCUGCCGGCGGAGCGACGCCAGCAGGUCAGAGUGCCUAGACGUUUGCUCCUGGGUGUUCCUCCCCACUUUUCUUCUGACCUGUUCAGGGCGCUCCUCUCUGCUGCGUGGAGCCCUGGUGAGAAUGUCCAUCCCGGGAUUCCUGCACAGAAAGGACUGAGUCUGCGACCUGCUAGUCUCUCUAGAACGGUUGGUUCAGGGUUGGGCACGUGAAGCAGGGGAUGAGCACAGCCUUACCUGGAGUUGGAAAGAGGUCCUGUGAGCUGGUCUUGGAGGAGGUGAGCUACUGAUGGACAUUUUUUUUUUUAGAUUUAUUUAUUUGAAAGGCAGAAUAAGAGAGAGAGAGAGAGAGAGAGAGAGAGAGAGAGAGAAUUGAAAAAUGGCCACAACAGCCACUCUGGGCCCAGUCUGGGCCAGGCUGAAGGCAGGAGCCUAGAACUCCAUCUGGGUCUCCCAUGUUGGUGGAAGAGGCCCAGCUACUUCCGCUGUCAUCUGCUGCCUCGCAGGGUGCACGGUAGUAGGAAACUGGAUCAGAAAUGGAGUGGCCGAUAGGGGAUGCAAAUGUCCAAGUGCUGGAACCAUAGCUGGAUGUUUUUUGUAAUAACUCUUGUCUUAAAAACAUUUACUUAACAGUUCAAUUCAUAAUAGCUAAGACAUGGGAUCAACCUAAAUGUCCUGAAGACUGGGUAAAGAAAUUAUGGGAUAUGUACUCUAUGGAAUACUACACAGUGGUAAAAAAAAAAAUCCGGUCAUUUGUAGCAAAAUGGAUGAAUCUAGAAAGCAUCAUACUUAGUGAAAUAAGCCAGUCCCAAAGGGAAUGAUACCAUAUGUUCUCCCUGGUCUGUGAUAACUAAUAGAGCACAUAAAAGAAAAUCUGUAGAAGUCAAAGUGAAACUUUGAGAAGCAAUGACUUGAACAGCCCCUAUCUUGACUGUUGAGGAACAGUUUUUUUUUCUUCUUCAUACUAUUUGUUGAGCUCUUUACUUAACAUAGAGUUAAUCAUAUGUAUAUAUAAGGUUAAUUGAAAAUAGAUCUCAGUAAAAAAUAAGAAUGGGAAUAAGAGAGGGAGGAGGAAGUUUGUAAUUGUAAAGCUGUAUAGUUCUGCAUACAUUCCUGUGGACUUACUUCUAAGGGUACAGUUUAAAAACUUGCCAUGGGAUCCCAAAUCCCAUUAAGCUGGGUGGUAAAAAUGCCAUCUUAAGUAUUAAAGUGAUCAUAUUAAGUGUUAAAGAGAUCAUAUAAACAAGAUCAAGUGUCUGGUAAUAAUAAUAGAUAAAAUUAAAAAGAGAAAGUGUUCUAACAUGGGAAGCAGUCCACACAGCAGACUCAUAGAAUGACAAUCACUUUAAAUAGCACUCUGACCUAGAAUUAGCCCUUAAGGCAUUCUGGUCCAGCUGAAAAGCCCCAAGAGCAUUUCAGGCAUGGAAAGCCAAGACACUGUGGCAAAAAAAUGUCCUAGAUGAAGGAUCUCUGUGAGUGAGACCCCAGCAGAAAAAAGUGGCCAUCAAAGAAGGAUGUACUUUUCUCUGAAAAGAGAACUUCUACUUUGCUGAGGGCCUUGUCUAAAUACUGAUGGAGAUUGUGGAUUCAAAAGGCUUCCAUAGCCCUGACAGCUCAUGUCAAGAUGCUCUGGUGACCACUGACGUCAUACAUUAGAGUGUUAAUUAUUACAUUAACAAUGGGAGUUCCCAUGUAGGACCUCUGUCCUCAAUGAGUUGUAUUAUGAGAAUUAACUAUAAAACUAGUUCUCAAUUUCUGUGUCUGUGUAUGCAUGCAAAUUGUUGGAAUAUUUACUUAGUAUAGAGUUGGUCUUUGUAUAAAGUUAAUUGAAAAUGAAUCUUAAUGAAGAAAGGGAGAGGAAGGAGGAAGAGAGGUUGUAUUUAUGAAAUUUGUACUCAUUAAAUAAAAGGUUUCUCUGGGGAAAAUAUUUAUUUAUGUGAAAGGUAGAGUGACAGAGUAAGGGAGAGAGCUAUCUUCCAUCUACUGGUUCACUCCUGAAAUGGCUGCAGCAGACAUGGCUGGGCCAGGCUGAAGCCAGGAGCUUGGAACUACCCCUGAGUCUUCACGUGAGUGUCUGGGACCCAAGCACAUGGGCCAUCUUCCACUGCCUUCCCAGGUGCAUUAUUAGGGAGCUGGAUGGGAAGCAGAGCAGCUGGCACUCCAACAGGCACUCUAAGAUGGGACGCCGGUGUCACAGAUGGCACCUCAGCCAGCUGCGCUACCAUGCCGGCCCCACAGAUGGACCUCUGGCUGCCACGUGGAGAGAGACUGUCUGCAGAAUUCAGUCGGAAGAAAGAAGAGAGGAGAGAGAUAAAUACAGGGCCCUGGUGUUGUUAUCUGGGUCCUCAAAUUGAGCCCACCUGAAACACACAGGCUUUGCAAAAGGAUGCUUUGGACUUUGUAGUUACACCAACCACCAGGUUCUGUCCCCUGCACCCCCUCCCCCCCAGGCUGCCAGGAAUUGGUUUCCCAUCACUUGCAAAUGAUGCCUUUGUAAUGUCAGUGCCUGGUCUAUCUCCUCAGAUCUUUCACAAUGAACUUCGAGGAUUGCAUGUUUUGAUUUUUUUUUUUUUUUUUUUUUUUUUUUUUGGUCACUGGAUGGACAGAACUUGAUGCUGAACACUGCGUCUGAUGGAGACAUGGGUGCUCUCACAGGACUGGGUAAAUACUCUUUAUUAAAACUUUACAGUCAGAGCAGAGAACACAUUGGAAUACAACUCAAAGGGAAGGUUUCUUGAACACUGAUUCCUCCGCCCCCCGAUGUUCUCUCAGGAUCUCCACUGCCACUGUACAGUUUUCAAGAGUAAUUUUUGAUGUUAUCAACCCAAGAAAGUAAACAUUACAGUGCAAAAGCUCAAAUUCUUUGUGGGCACCUUAGCACCAGGUCUUGCCUUCUGAACGCCUGCUGAGGAAAAUUCUUCAAGAGUGACACCUACUGGACCAGGAAUUCUCUUUCCCUCGUUGGAGUUCACGUUCUACCCAUUUAUAAACGGAGUCAGCCCCGGCUCCUAUUUCUAUCUCAUUUCCCCAAAAUGAAAUACAGAAGAGACUUGUCAUCUGGCCCCUUAAAAAAGUGACUACAGACCCACGAAGAUACGCGUGUGGUUCUGUUUCCAAGUGAUGUUUAUCAGAGCAGACAGCUGAUGGAGCAGAGAGAGAAAGAGGCAAACACUGCGUUACAGCCGGAGCCUCCGUGCAGCAGAGGAGGUCCCAGCCCGGAGCACGCCGAGGUCAGGGGUCAUGACAGCUCUGCUGUGUGAAGUGUGCACACUUCUCCCCGCCACGAACGGAUGAGGGAACUUCAUGACUCAGCAGGGGCCGGUAGCUUCCCCCAAGAUCACACAACUGGCAGCGGCAGAGCAGGAAGUGGGUACAAAUCUGUGAAAGGCCAUAGGUUAUUCUAAGCCUCAGACAGCUUCCCAACAGGGACACCACCGCUUGGCGUGGGCAGAGGAGAAAGCUCGGGUCUGUGAGUUUUCUCUGUUCUUCCCGUGUCUUGUGUCUGGUCCACGGUUACCGCCGAGAUUGCAUCAUUGUCGCGGCUGCCGAGUCCCUGAGCAGGGAGCAGAGUCCUCGAGGCCAGGCCUGAGUUACUGUUCUCGGACUCCGGUGAAGCCAGGGAGGAGGGAUGAUUACUGUGCCUCUAACGAGGCCCUCAGGGACUGGGGCCCUGGCGGCCACGGAGACAGCCGUAAAGGCCUCGUCCUGUGUUCUCCCCAGCCUUCUCCUGCCCCGAGAGCCCAGGCUGUGUCCCCAGCUCCUCCUGGAGGCAGACAGCCCGCAGAUCCCAGCGGCGGCCCCUCUGCUUUGGUCCGGGAACCUCUGGCAAGCUCUGAACAAGUGUAGCGAGUCCAGGACUUGUGACAGUGAGGACAUUCUCUCCGGGUAAGAGCAGACAGUGGGACUUGAUCCCCCGCCUGCCAGGCUGGUGGGGACUCCCCUCACCUCCUGAGACAGCCCGGCGGUGAUCAGCGGCUCCCCGCCAUCUCUGUCUCGGCUGGUGUCUGCCUGGCCUGAGAACCCUAACUGUGGGAAACGCAAAGUGACGGACGGUUUGUGCCCACGCCCCAGGAUACUUCAUUUUAAUUUUACGAGUGUGACUCAAGACGCUCAGCAGAAUACACAAGGCGGCCCGGCUCGGACCCCGGACAGGUGCCCGGGAAACAGGAGUUGGGGGGAGGGCAGCAGUGUCGCCCACCCCACCCCAACCCACACAGGGAGCAGCUGUCGGCGGCUCACAGAUACAGGUCCCAGAGCAGAUGUGCUGGGGGCACGGGACGUGGCCAGCCAAGAGGUGAGGGGCGGGGCGGGGGGACCUUCACUCCAGGAAGCACCACUGCAUCUGGGAACCGGACAGUGCCGUGUUGGCUUCUCGCUGUGCACCUGUCUCUAUGGCGAUGGCUCGAUGUGGGUUCUCUUGACCUCGGCACAAAUAGAGAAGUCUCUGGAUAUCUUAAACAUGUAACGUUGUAUAGAACUUUGUUGUAAAAACCAAGUGCCGAGAGAACCGCCGUUGUGUCUGCCUGAAUUCCCGUGAGCAAAUGCUCUCAUUUUGCUAGUGAGAGCAGGGAGGCCCAGGGCCCCUGCCUCACCCGACCCGAGCUUUUGAACGGAUCCUGUUUUGGCUCCUGGUCCAGGCACCCAGGCCCAUGGGAGGGACCAACGAGUCGAGCGUCUCCGAGUUCCUCCUCCUGGGACUCUCGCGGCAGCCCCAGCAGCGGCAGCUGCUGUUUGUGCUCUUCCUGAGCAUGUACCUGGCCACGGUCCUGGGGAACCUGCUCAUCGUCCUGGCCAUCGGCACAGACUCCCGCCUGCACACCCCCAUGUACUUCUUCCUCAGCAACCUGUCCUUCGUGGACGUCUGCUUCUCCUCCACCACCGUCCCCAAGAUGCUGGCCAAUCAUGCCCUCGGGAGUCAGGCCAUCUCCUACUCUGGCUGUCUCACGCAGAUGUACUUUCUCUUCAUGUUCGUGGACAUGGACAAUUUCCUCCUGGCCGUGAUGGCCUAUGACCGCUUUGUCGCCGUGUGCCACCCCUUACAUUACACGACGAGGAUGACCCGUCAGCUCUGUGUCCUGCUGGUCGCCGGGUCCUGGGUCAUUGCCAACCUGAAUGUCCUGUUGCACACCCUGCUGAUGGCGCGACUGUCCUUCUGUGGGGACAACGCCAUCCCCCACUUCUUCUGUGAUGUGACUCCUCUCCUGAAGCUCUCCUGCUCAGACACACGGCUCAAUGAGGCGAUGAUUCUGACUGAGGGGGCCCUGGUCAUGAUCGCCCCGUUUGUCUGCAUCCUGGCUUCCUACGCCCACAUCACCUGUGCUGUGCUGAGGGUGCCAUCCACGCGGGGCAGGUGGAAAGCCUUCUCCACCUGCGGCUCGCACCUGGCUGUGGUUUCCCUCUUCUAUGGCACCAUCAUCGCUGUGUAUUUCAGCCCUUCGUCCUCGCACUCGGCUGAGAAGGACACCGCGGCCACCGUGCUGUACACGGUGGUGACCCCCAUGCUGAACCCCUUCAUCUACAGCCUGAGGAACCGGGACUUGAAGGCGGCGCUCAGAAGAGUGGUCGGCAGCAAGACGUUUUCUGCCUGAUGAGAGAAUCCCAAGGCGGAAUCUCACUGCCAAGGAAACGUGUUUUUUGCCACUUGGGCUCAGUGUGGCGGCUGUUUGAUCCGAGGCAGACGGGAGCGGGCGGGAGGUGAUCUGCCUCGCCUGGAGCCCUGUUGCUUCUGAGAAAACGCCGGCUUUUGAGCUAUUUUACAACAGGUCAGCUGCUUCCUUUUUAAGGGAUGUGUGUGGAGCAGGCACACUCGCCUGGGAAGCCUUCACAGUUCACCUGCGUCCGGUCCCCAACACUGAGCCCAGGCUCUCUGGAGGCCGGGUCCUCGCCCGAGAGCUGAGACGCCACCUCGGUGAGUGGCACCCGCUGUCAGGGGGAGCACCUCCCUCCACAGCGGUGGGGCCACACAACCCCACAAACUGGUUUUGGGAGUCAAACCAAAGGACGGUAGAGUGGGCAGUCACCGUCCAGAGGCGGCUCCCUGUGUGCAUGUGGCCCCGGCGUCGGGAGGCGAAGCUCUCCCGGUGUGCACAGAGCCGGGCUGUCCGAAGGCGAGGACCCUGUGUGCACGCAGCCAGGCUGUAGGGAGGCGAGGACCCUGUGUGCACGCAGCGGGGCGUAGGGAGGCCCCAGGGCCGUCGGGAGGUGAGGCUUCAGUACCUGACAUUUGCUGGGGAGGGAGUGGUUCAGCUGGGGUCAUAGAUGUCUUUGAAACAAACUAACAUUGGCUGUUCCCACUGCCCAGACCACCUGCUCCGUUCUCUGACUGGCCCCACCCCUCCCCCACCCUAUUCCUUCCCCCACCCCUCCUCCCUCCGUCCGGAGUCCUGGCUGGGCAUUUGUCACAUAGGUUAAGCCUCCACUUGGGACGACAGCAUCACAAACAUCAAAAGUACCUGGUUGAGCCCUGGCUCUGCUUCCUGCUGCUAAUGCAGACCCCAGGAGAGAGCUGGUGAUGGUUCAAGUACUUGGGUCCCUGCCAUCCACACAGGAGACUUCCAUUGGAUUUUAGGUACCUGGCUCUGGCCUGACUCAGUCUUGGCUGUUGUGGGCAUUUGGGGCAUGAAGGGAGAUCCCUCUCUCUGUCUCUGUAGGUCUGUCUCUCUGCCUUUCAUAAAUGAGAAAGAACCGAGUCAAAUGCCUCCUCCCCCUCCGUGGCCCCCUGACUCCUUGUUGUGGUUCUCAUGGCUCUGUUUUGCCUUUUUUCUCCCCUUGCAAUGAGGGCCUCCCACAGAUGCUGAGACACCCCCAGACCCAGUUGGGCACACGCCCCAGUGUCUGGCACCCGUCCUAGACCACGGGAAAAAUCAACUUUAGCUGAAAGAAAAUGAAUGGAGGACCGAACACUUGCCUCGACUUGUAACUUGGACAUUCUUGCUUUAGAAAGUUAAUAAACCGUUUCCGUAUUGAAAGGAGGGGCUUACACAUCCCCCUGGAGAAGCAGAGUGGCCCAUGUCCUUGCUGGAGCCAGGCGCUGUGACUGUAGCUGCUCAGAGCUGGUUACCGGGGCUGGCACUGUGGCUGUGGCAUAGCGGGUAAAGCCACCGCCUGCAGUGCCGGCAUCCUACAUGUCCCAGCUGCUCCUCUUCUGAUCCAGCUCUCUGCUAUGGCCUGGGAAAGCAGUGGAAGAUGGCCCAAGUCCUUGGGCCCCUGCACCCGCAUGGGAGACCCAGAAGAAGCUCCUGGCUUCGGGUCGGCACAGUUCCAGCCAUUGCAGCCACCUGGGGAGUGAACCAGCAGAUGGAGGACCUCUCUCUCUCUCUCUCUCUAUCUGCCUGUCUGUAACUUUGCCUUUCAAAUAAAAUAAAUAAAUCUUAUUAAAAAAAAAAAAGCUGGUUGCCAUCUGCCCACGACUUCUGUGAUGUCCUCUUCCUUUGUCCCGUGUCAGCAAAGACCUUGGGUGCGCGUUUAAAACCUGCAGGGAUUUCAUCACACGCGUGCAGUGUCUGUCAUCCACACCCCAACCCUGAGCUGUUUGAAGUGUCUCUGUGCUGUAAGCCACCUUUCCCGGUGUGUCCGUCCCAGCAGCGUGAGUGACCCCACAGCAUGCUUGCUUGCUUUCUCCGAGUGACACAUUUCUCCAGCUUGGAGAAAAAAAUGAACAUCACCUUUCUUUCAUUUCUUCAGUAUUUCUGCCUGACACCAGCUGCCUUUGCUAGCGGACACCAGACUUGCUCAGAGGAGUUGGCCAGCCCUUGCUGCGUAUCCUGCCAGGGAGAGGGAACUGGGAGUCGGACGUGCCCGCAGGCGUGAGCUCUCGCGCUUCAGCGUGUAGCGUGGCUUCCAAACCCUCAUGCCGGUGGUCUGCUGCGUAUCCUGCCGGGGAGAGGGAACUGGGAGUCGGACGUGCCCGCAGGCGUGAGCUCUCGCGCUUCAGCGUGUAGCGUGGCUUCCAAACCCUCGUGCCGGUGGUCUGCUGCGUAUCCUACCAGGGAGAGGGAACUGGGAGUCGGACGUGCCCGCAGGCGUGAGCUCUCGCGCUUCAGCGUGUAGCGUGGCUUCCAAACCCUCAUGCCGGUGGUCUGCUGCGUAUCCUGCUGGGGAGAGGGAACUGGGAGUCGGACGUGCCCGCAGGCGUGAGCUCUCGCGCUUCAGUGUGUAGCGUGGCUUCCAAACCCUCAUGCCGGUGGUCUGCUGUUUGCCCUGUGGCCCACAUCGUUUGGGGACCACGCAGAGACCUCCUCUGAGGUUUGGGUGACAGGCUACCUGCAUUCGAAUAAGGUCAGCCCUCCAGUGAAGGGUGACUGUGGGCCCUGGUGGAUACACCCGCUGUGGCCUCCCACCCCACGGCGUCAAGCCGGCUCUCCCAUGAACAUCCAGCUCAGAUCACCCUUCUCCCUUGCAGUCCCCUCUGGGUCCUUUCGUGUGGAAUGGACUUGAAUCAAAUUUUCUCUACUGUAUAGUUGUAUUUUUAUUUUUAAAGAUUUAUUUAUUUGAAAGAGUUAGAGAGAGAGAGAGAGAGAGAGAGGUCUUGCAUCACUGGUUCACUCCUCAGAUGGCUGCAAUGGUCAUACUGAAGCCAAGAGUGUCUUCUACUGUUUUUCCUGAUUUAUUUAGUCAAUGUAUAAACUAUAAUAAUUAACAUCUUACUUCUCUUUAAAAAUGUCAUUUAUUUAUUUGAAAAGCAAUGGCUGGGGCUAGUCCAGGCAAAAUCAGGAGCCAGGAACUCCAUCCGGGUCUCCCACGUGGAUGCAGGGGUCAAGGACUGGAGCCAUCGCUGCUUCCCCAGGGGCAUCAGCUGGGGGCUAGACGGGAAGCGCGAAGCAUCGGUGUUUCAGUAUGGGACAUGGGCCACAGGGGGUGGCUUAGCCCUCUGUGCCACAGUGCUGGCACUCUCUCUUUGUGUGCGGUAUUAGCUCUUGGUUUUUGACUGGACGUUGGGUGGUGGAGGGUGUAGAGAUUCAUGGACGGUGCACACUUCCCAAGAUCCUGCUUUCUGGGAACACAGUGAUCUUGGUCCUCUUUACAUCUUUUUUCCUCUUAAGAAUAUUUUGAUUACUCUGAUUUUUUAAAAAGAUUGUUGAUUUAUUUGAAAAGCAGAGCUGAGAGAGAGAUAGAGGUCUUCCAUCCACUGGUUCACUCCCCAGAUGGCCGCAAUGGACAGAGCUAUGCCAAUCUGAAGCCAGGAGCUUCCUCCGGGUCUCCCAUGAGCUGGAUUGGAAGUGAAGUAGCUGGGACUUGAACCGACACCCCAGGUGGCAGCUUUACCUGCUAUGCCACAGCACCAGUCCCAGUAUUGAGCAUUUUACUAGCUCUACAUUCUUGUGACCUGAGCUUGCUCAUUCUCAGACUUUCCACAACAGUUCACUUGGAUGAAGUCUCCUUCCCUCUGUGACAGGAUCUUACUUAUUUGAGAAGGAGGGAGGGAGACAUCACAGCACUUCCAUCUGCUGGCCCACUCCCCAAAUGCUUGCAA